UUAUAACUCUGUAGACAUGGUUCGCAGCGCUGAAAUCAAUGGAGAAAUUGAAUCUUUACCAAAGGCUUUUGUUCCAGUUGUGUUGGCUGAAAAUGAAGGAAGAGGUAAAGAAAAGGUUGGAGAUAUUUAUCGUGCACAGAGUAUAUUGCCUUAUGCUGUCAGAGAGCAUAGCGCAGAUGAUGAGAUAACUGGAGAACGAGAAGCCUAUACGGCUAGUAUACUAGAGAUGUAUGAAAGUUUUCUAGGUAGAAGGAUCAGACAUCACUUAGGUUAUCCUACACAUGUAUAUGUCAAUUAUGGUGCUCUUUCAAACCUGCAAAAUUUCUGCAUCAACAAUUGUGGUAAUCCCUUUACCGAGGGCAUCUUUGGUACCCAUUCCAGACAGUUUGAAGUUGGCGUUUUAGAUUGGUUUGCUCGAAUAUGGGGAAUUGCAAUGGAUGAAUAUUGGGGUUACGUUACAACCGGUGGUACAGAAGGGAAUUUUCACGGUAUCCUUGUAGGGAGGGAGCUUUUCCCAGAUGGAAUUCUAUACACCUCAGAUGAUUCACACUAUUCUGUCUUUAGAGCUGCACAAAUGUACAGAAUGAACUUUGUAAAAGUUAAUUCUUUGAUUUCUGGGGAAAUAGAUUGCGCAGAUUUCAAAGCCAAACUGCUCCGUAACAUGAAUAAACCAGCUAUUGUGAACGUAAAUAUAGGAACCACUUUUAAAGGAGGUAUUGACAAUCUCGACAGUGUUAUGGAAACCCUUAAAACAACAGGUUUCUCCGAAGACAGGUUUUACAUUCAUUGCGAUGGGGCUCUAUUUGGUCUUAUGAUGCCUUUCGUCAAACGUGCUCCAAAGAUCUCGUUUGAAAAGCCAAUUGGGAGUGUGUGUAUUUCUGGCCACAAGUUUCUUGGAUGUCCAAUGCCUUGUGGUGUUCAGAUAACAAGAAUAGGACACAUCAGAGCCAUAUCUAGGAAUAUUGAUUACAUAGGAUGUCACCAAGAUGCCACGUUAAUGGGCAGCCGCAACGGUCAUGCUCCGAUCUUCCUCUGGUAUGCACUCAACCAAAAAGGCUACCCGGGGUUACAAAAGGAAGUUCAAAUGUGUCUUAAGAACGCCCAGUAUUUGAAAGACCGUCUCCGCGCCUCCGGAAUAUCUGCCAUGCUUAACGAAUUUAGUAAUAUUGUUGUAUUUGAAAAGCCACAAAAUGAAGAGUUUGUUCGUUAUUGGCAGCUUGCCGUUCAAGGCGAUCUUGCUCAUAUUGUUGUAAUGCCAAAUAUCACUGUUGCUCAGUUAAAUGAUUUCUUACGCGAUUUGGCUGAGAAACGUGCUAUCUGGUUACGGGAGGGAAAGCAUCAAACUCUUUGUGUUUCUGCUAAUGUUGGGAAGGAAAAUUGUGUGUGUCCUCGACACAAGUGAAGAUCUUUUACUAUCGAGAGCUUUGCAUAUUAUUAUUGUUGUUGUUGUAGUGUAUAAGAGAAUAAAACUCUUCGAGAACAUAUGGAAAAAAGAAAAAGUAACU